GUACAUAAAAUAUAUCGUGACAUUAACGAGAAAUGUCUGCUUGAGGGUUUUGUCCAAAUGCUGAACUUGAUAUUCUUCGUGUAGAUUUCUGCAUUGACAACGGGACUUGGUAUUGAAGAACACCAUGCUCGGUGUUUCCUAUCAUCGAAGAUGUGCGGCAUGUUUUGUAUUUUUACUUAUUUACUGUGCCUCACAUAAAGUAACGACAACUGACCCUGCUUUUCAAAAUUCGGACACUGCUGCAGCCUUCACAAAAGCUAACAGAGAAUUUAUGUUGAGUCUCUUAAAGCAGUUACCAUCUGAAACCAACAUCUUCUACUCGCCUUUUAGUAUUUCUACGGCCCUUGCAAUGGUUCAUUUGGGAGCAGGAGGAGAAACACUAAAAGAAAUGAAUCAAGCUCUUCAUUUUGGCAAAAUGGAUAACAUUUACUCUUCAUUCAGCACGUAUCUAGGAUUUCUUUCGAAGGCUACUGGAAACAACACACUUAAUACAGCAAACAGAAUUUACCAAAGCAUGAGGUUCACAGCAGAAGAAUCAUUUCUCCAAAGCUGUGCCAAAUAUUUCAAUGCAACAGUAGAAUCAGUGGAUUUUUCCCAGUCUGAAGCGUCAAGUAAGAAAAUCAAUUCAUGGGUAAGUCAGAAAACAGAAAACAAAAUCCAAGAUCUUAUCCCAGCAAGUGCGUUAAGCAGCCAAACAUUAAUGGUUCUAGUAAAUGCCAUCUACUUCAAAGGAAUCUGGAACAGUCCUUUUGAAACUAGGCACACGAAAAAAAUGGAAUUCAGGAAUGGCAAAGCAAAAUAUAUGACGGACAUGAUGUACCAGAAGGAAUAUUUUAAUUUUUCACAUGUUUCAGAUUUGAAGUUUGAUAUCCUUGAGCUUCCCUACGAGGGUAAAACAAUAACUAUGGUCAUUCUUCUCCCUACUGCUGUGGAUGGCUUGGAGGCUAUGGAACAGAGUUUGACCGAAACUGUUCUUAAAAACGCACUGAAUAACCUAUCAGAGCAAGAAGUUAAAGUGUAUCUUCCGAAAUUCAAAAUAGAGUCUGCCUUUCAAUUGAAAUCUUAUUUAUCGGCACUGGGUAUGCUAUCAGCUUUUGACCCAAACAGAGCUAAUUUUUCAGGCAUAUAUAAAGACCAAGAUGUAUUUAUGAGCGAGGUUUUUCAUAAAGCCUUUGUCGAUGUCAAUGAAGAAGGCACUGAAGCUGCCGCAGCCACGGGAGUCGUUAUAACUUUGACAUCCAUCCGAUUCCCUCCGGAGUUUCGAGCAGAUCAUCCGUUUCUCUUUUUCAUUCGUGAUACUGUAAAUGACGUCAUACUAUUUGCCGGAAGAUUUUAUGAUCCAGUCAAUGUUCAAGGUAUUCGCGACUCGAAUGGUGCCUGCGAUUUAGGCAAAAUGUCAAAAGAGAUUAAUUGCAUGUUUAUUCUGUUUGUAUAUGUUUUAAAUCAUAUGCUCAGAAGAUCUACAUGAAAAAUAUACUUACCAAAGUUUGUAAUUUGCCUGAAUGAUAACGGAGACACUGUGCAGUAGUGGCAGCCUCAAUAUGUACAUGUAUCAUGACUUUUGUUUCUAGUCAACCAAGUCUUACCUGUGUUUAGUCGUUUCAUAAAUGAAACUGAAGUGUGUAUAUUUACAUAAGCCAAUGGAUCAUCAGUGAUAAAUUAAAGUAUAGCUUUUACUUUAUUUGCUAACAUUACAUGUAUGUAUCUUCUCUACCGUAUUUUUUUUUAUCUAAUAAAGUUUUAUAAAGUGUG